GUGAAAUUCUAUCGGUCGGAUUGGAACUUAGAAGAUCGUCCCGCAGACUCGCCGUCAGUGGCACCCAGCUUUCGCAGACUCAAGUCCAGCAACGUGGCAUGCAGGCGCGGCAGAAGUGCGUAAUGAGGCUGAGCCCCGGGAACGCCAGUUAUAUAUUAUCGCCACCGAUCAGAUCUACCUAUCGCUGGAGAAUCGAGAGUGCGGUGCGCUCGAGUGCAGGCUGCCCAACGGUAUACCUAGUAUAUAUGAAGUAUGAUCAAGUUGCCAUCGAAGCCCCAGUACGGAAUCCACAUCUGCAUCUCGACCACCACCCCACUCCGAUGUGUCCGCAGCCGUCCGUGAGUGCAGAUCGCGAAGUCAUAAUACGGGAGCACCCGCCGAACCGCCGAGAACUCUCACCUCCACCAACACCGGCGGACAGGACCGAAAGCACGCAGAUCACCGGCGGAGACCCAGCGGCGGCGGAGCCGCUACAGUGCACCUAUUCCGCCUGCGCCUCGAAGGACGAGGACCGCAUAUUUACUGGGCGAGGGGCAAAGCCCGCGUACAAACGCCAUAUGGAUACGCACCACCGGCCGUACACAUGUCCGAAGCCCACUUGCGGGCGCCACGUGAAUGGCUUCUCGCGUCGGGAUAACCUGAACGCACAUUUGAAGACUCACCAGAAGAGCCCUGUCCAUGAACACCGCUCAGGAUCGAGCCCGUUGGCGGGGCAGAGUGGAGUUAGGAAACAGCUACAGGGAAUGUCGGGCGGCGAGAGGAAAAGGCUUGUGGAUAUCUUGCUUUUGUGCUUCGAGAUGGGGUUCGAAGAUGAAGAUGAAGAUCAUAACGGCGAGGACGAAGACGUCGGUGAGAGUAGUGUUGUCGGAGACGAGGAGAAGGAAUGACCGGCAUUGCUUUUAUGGA